AUGGAAAGCGAAGGAUAUCCCAGCUUUCAGAAGAGCCCAGUGCGGGGCCGCCCAAACGUCAGCAAGCUGGUGCCCAAGAAGCUGACGCGCACAACCACGGAUGACACCCAGACGGCUAUCAACCGUGUGGUCCACGAAGCCUUGGCACGCGGAGGCACAGUGUCUUCGCCCGAGGUCGCUGAAGAGGUGAAGCAGAGGGUGGCAGUUGUGCUGCAGGCAAAAGAGGAUGAGCUCACGGGCAAAAUCACCCACCAACAGCGCUUACAGCUCAUCAAGCUGGUGGCCACGCUGUCCGUGGAGGAAGCCAUGGAGGAAGCACGACGCUUGCAGAGCUCAACCCGAGAGGAUGCGGAGCAGAAGGUCAAGUCGACAUCGAUGCUGCCUCUCAUUUGGCGACGCAUGCUGUGUGGCUACUUUCUCAGCCAGGAUGAGGUUCUGGUUCUGGGGGCAUGCUGCCGGUUCCUUCGCCAAGACCACGCCCUGGGACUCCAAUGCUUCAUGCUGCCCAGCCACCUCGAAAGCUUGGAGGACACGGUGUGCACUGCCCCCCUUGCGGCGAAGCCCAUGCCACUACCGGCGCUGAAGAGGCUUGUCUUCAAGUUCCGCUACUCACAGAAGCUGGUGGCCAGUACGAGAGGCUUCCGUUUCCAGAAUUCCGAGCUCGAACUUCUGCCACUGGCUCAGCUAAGAGUCUUGGACCUGAGCUUCUGCUACACACUGAGCGAGGAAGCACUUCUGGCGGGCCUGCGCUCGACACUGUGCCUUUCAGAGCUGAGUCUGCGUGGGUGUUCUCAGCUCACUUCCCCCACCACGGAGGAAACCCUCUCGGAGCUGAAGGGACUGGUCCAGUUGGAUGUGCGAGGCUGCAGCAGUCUGAACAGCGACAGCAUACUCCUGGCAGCCGCCGACGCUCUGAAGCAGCUGACGACGUUACGGUUGGGUUACACCUGCAAAGAUGAGCUUUGGCCCGAGCACCAGGUGAUGCCCCUGGAGACCUUUUCUUCGGCGGCCUUCGCUCAGCUCGGUGCGAGCCACUCACGCCUGCAGCACCUGGAGCUGGACAUUGGUCUCAUGUUUCGCUGGACGGAGCGUGAUGGGGCGAGUGUCGUGGAUGAUGCAGUGAAGUCCUUGAUGUCGCUGAAGCACCUCGAGGCUCUUCUGCUUUGGAACUGCGUGGGCCUCCAGAUGAACACCUUCCGCUGCAUCCUCGACCGAUUGGAGGGCGAGGGAAUUGACACCGUUGGCAUCGACGAUUGCUACCAUGAUUUCGAUGCCUACUUCCAUGUGGUACCGAGCGCCUGGGGCAUCCGAACGCAAAGGGAUCUGCAGAAAGGCGUGAACAGCGAAGCCAUGCUACCUCCUGGCAGAACAGGAGGACGAGCGGUGCUUAUUGGGCACAACAUUUGUCGGAAUCGAGAGGAGUUGCUCCAGAACACCGUCUCGCCGCUGCUUCGGAAGUCCAAGCCCAGGCAGCUGGUGUUGCAGUGCGAGGCGGACACAAAUGAAAUCUUCGAGCUGGCCAGCGACCGACUGGAGGAGCUGGAGAUCUUGACUUCCUGCAACGCGCCGGAAGACUAUUUGGGGGUCUUCGUUUGUUCCAUGCUGAGGAGAUGCCCGCAACUGAAGCGCCUCAAAAUUUGCACGCAGGGAGCCCACAUGUCUCGUCAGAACCUCCAUGGAUACGAGGAGAUGUUGAAAGUUCUCGCAGGUGGGUGCCCGCAGCUGGAGAUCCUUGACGUGAGGUUGGCGACGACAUUCUCGGAUAUUCGCGGCAGGAUCGAAACUUUUUCUGUCGAAUACUACGAUGACGAUCAGACCAGGGUGGCUCCUGGAGCUCUCCAGUGUCACUACGAUACAUUGCGCGACCUCUUUCGAUCGUGUCCCUUGCUGGCCACCCUGCAUCUACUCCCGCCCGCGAAGGAGGACCGCGUGGCUUUCUGGAAGUUUUGCUGCGAAGCUGGCUUCUACUGA